UGUACUGGGUGAAAUGAACUAAAAGAGGCCUGAGCGAUGGAAAUGACUAUACACGUAUAAAGCAGAAACUUUAGGGGAGGAGAAGAAGAAAAGAAAAAAGGAAAAGAAAGAUGGCGUGACGUCACGCUCCCACAAUGCACGCGCUCUCGGGCUUCGGCAGCUCGAGCGCCGCUGUGUUUAGAGGGAAAACAGCGCACAGGCCUGGAGCGGGUCCAGAAAUUACAGAGAAAACGGAGAGAAGCGGGGAGAAAAGAAAAAGAAAAAAAGAACGACGUUGGUAUUGCGGGUGUGGAGGAAAGCAGGGAUGGCAGUCAGAGUGUGGUUUUGGUGCCUGGUUAUGGAUCUGAUCCGGUGCACAAAGUGGACUUGUUCGGGGCUUUAAAGUUUGGUGGUAAGAGCUGCUGCUCUGCUGAAUAUAAUGCACUUAUUUCCCUCUAAAUCAACCCAAUCCGAGGAUGUUGAAUAUGCAAACGGACUACCAACCAGCUCAAGAGAAGUUAUAUGACGAAGUUGGUUUUCUGAUGUCCAAGCACAAACAUAGUAAAACCUGCUCGUACGUAUGAAACGAUGUUCCAUGGAAAAGAGCAGCUGAACAGCCACCUGCAGACCCAUGAUUCCAACAAGCCAGAACUGCAGUGCGAAGAGUGUGGCAAACACUACAACACCCGGCUGGGUCUGAGACGCCACGUGGCCACUCAUGCCACCUCGGUGACCGGAGAUCUUACCUGCAAGGUGUGCCGUCAAGUUUUUGAAAGCAUGCCGACUCUUCUCGAGCAUCUGAGCACCCAUACCGGACGUCCUCCACCAGGCGGAGCCGUGCGGGAGCGCAAGCACCAGUGUGAGCGCUGUGGCCGGCGUUUUUUCACUCGGAAGGACGUGAGGCGUCACGCCGUGGUGCACACGGGCAGAAGGGACUUCCUGUGCCCUCGCUGUGCUCAGCGCUUCGGCCGACGUGACCACCUAACUCGCCACCUUAAGAAGAGUCAUGCCCAGGAGCUGGAUGUCCUCACGUCUGCACCCCCGAGUGUAAUGAGAGAAGAACCAAGUCCAACCACGUGUACCUCGGGAUCCCCAAAAGAUGCCUCGAAAGCCUUUUCAAUGGGUGUCUUCAAUCCUCAGGGUCUGCAGAGUGCAUCUACCUCUGGGUUCAGUCACCAUCAUGCUGUGAUGCCUGGGGCUUUAUCUAGCCCCAUGGGUGUGGGCUGCUAUUUUGAGCCAAGCAAGCACCAUCCUCAACAGUACCACGAGGCUCAGAGAUACCAACCAGCAUCUGCUACCUCAUAUCUGAAAGCUGAGAUGGAGAACUUCCUGAAUGAGCUCCAGUGUGGCCCGAUGCCACCUCAGGCUACAGUCGCAACCGCCGCGUCCAGACCGAGUGACCUUUUGCCUGAUAGCCUGGGAGGUCAGAGCGCCCACUUCACCCUCAGGAACUCCUUUGCCACCGCCGAGGCUUCGCCCACCGCUGCUAACGUGGACCUCUCGCCACUGCUGGGUUUCCUGCCGUUUGGCCUGCCAGCGUACAGUGCCCCAUUGAGUUCAGGGGGCCUCGUGAUGGGAUACUCUACCACUACCACAGAUUGCUCGCCGACUCCUACCUCUCAGCUCUCUGGGCCUCUCGCCUCGUUUCAGCCACAGCCGCUGCACGAGCCUCAGGCCUUGGGGCAUUUAAAUCAGCCUCCUGGUUUCUCUCCUACUCUACCUCGAUUUCAUCAAGCCUUCCAGCAGUGAUGUUCCUUUGUAAACUGAGUGAUGCGUAUUCAUCGCCACAAAGCGAUGCACUCAGCGGACUUCGACAGAAGGCUCUUACUUUACGGAUCCCGCUUGAUAAAUUCUGUAGAAUAAGUUGAUUUGUGAGAAUUUUGGAUUGAAUAGAUUGUUUUUAGAAUAUUUUUUUUUCGACUUAGGAUAUAUAUUGUUUUGCUUAGUAGUUCUUCCCUUUAUUUGAUUGUAGUGAUUUAUGGUGUUCUUUAGAUUAAUAUUAGUAUUGAGAAGUCCGCAUUGAACUAAACUGAGGAAAAUAAGACGCUGUGAAAAAGUCAGAGACCACCAUUUGUUCCACUUCCGGCCAAGAUUCCAAGAAACAUGCAGGAAAUGUGUAUUUAAACGGAAAUUAAACGAAAGCUGUAAAACUAUGUCUAUGGGCGUAUUCCCGCUUUAACGGCCAGGGUUCCAGGGAUCGGCUCCAACGCAAUCCACAUCAGCGUAAUGCAGUUUCCAGAAAUGGCUAAAACAGAAGCCAACGCAACUACGUUCCUUUAAAUGUUCAAUCUAGAAUUCAUAUUCCUACAUUAGAUCGCCCUCUGAUUUCAACCACUUGUGUUCGGAAAUCAAAAAAGGUUUCAAUUGAAAUUAUGAAUUGUAAAGAUGACAAUUUGCACGAACUCUUUCCUUUGCCAAGUAUUUCAUAUUUCCAACAAGAUUCUAAGGGGGUUAUAUCAGAAAAAAGAGGCAAAUUACAGAUGAAAGUAGAAAGUCGAAGGAAAUUCUGUGGUGAAAUUCUGGAAUCUCCAAAACUGAAUGUGUAAAUGAAAUGAAACAGAACCUUAACAAUGAAAAAUAACCCUGAUUCAGGAUAAGUGCAGAUAUUACACCGAUUUAGUACAGUAAAGAAAAACCGAAAAGCUGUGCGUGCGUAUAUAUAUAUAUAUAUAUAUAUAUAUAUAUAUAUAUAUAUAUAUAUAUAUUUAUAUUUAUAUAUGUAUAUACAAAAAAUAUAGGUAGAUGGAGAUGCGUUCCAAUGACCCCAUUGCGGCCCGGGUUCGAUCCCCGGUCAGGGAACCAACCCCAGCCACUCUUAGUGUCGGUCCCAAGCCCGGGAAAAAUGGGGAGGGUUGCGUUAGGAAGGGCAUCCAGCGUAAAAACAUGUGCCAAAUCAAACAUCCGGAUGAUCCGCUGUGGCGACCCCUAAUGGGAGAAGCAACUUUACGAGACUAUUUGUUAAUAAUGUAACUACAAUUACGAUACAUACUUUAGCAAAUCAGAGCAAUUUUCAGUAUAUAUGGAUGUGUGUGAUGACGUGCGAGCGGUUUUGGACAGGCUCUGUUUCAGUGACGCUGUUAAAAAGGAGAGAGACAAGAAGAAAAAAACGCGUUCUAACGUAUUGUACAAAAAUGUCAACAUUUUUUUUUUUUACAAUUUUGUCGUACCGCCAUCGUAACACCCUGAAAAUUGUAAUCAUCGUAACUCGAAAAAUCGUGCACUUUGAACUGUUUUCUGGCAAUGAAUUAAUUCUACAGUAAGAUUACGAGGUCGAAAGCUAGGAAGAUUGAGAUCAGACGUGGAAACUGUAAAGAAACUAACCGCCGGUUUUUUUCGUACAGUAGACAAAGUCGCUAAGCUGAAAUCCAGAUCCCCACAAAAAUCUUUGGAAUCAUUGUUGGACAUGUUUUUCAGUAAUGAGUAAAUGCUGUAAUAAAGGUAAGUGUGGACGUGUUGAAUACGGAAAUGUCUAAACGUUAGCUUAAAUGCGUAUCAUUCUGACACUGAAAAAGGAUGCACUUGAGAUCGAUUUUUGGCCGGAAGUGAAAUCGUUAAAAAAAACGAUCUCUGAGUUUUUCACAGUCCGGAAUCUUGUAAUAUUUUCGGGGGGGAUAAAAGAGACUGGAUUAUCGCUGUGUUCUCUAUUGUACAAGCACUUUUCUCAGUCAGAAGCACUUCCAUGACUUACGAGUCAGUUCGAACUGUGGUUAACUCACACCCCAACUCGCAGCUUUCACUCAGUACAUCUACCUCUUUUAGCGGACGGGAGAGUUGUCUCCCAGGCAUGAUAUCGAGUAGAGAAGCAAAAGUGAAUCCUUGUAUGAAAUGAUGUAGUGGAUGUAGAGAACAUUAAAAGAAAAAGAAAAAAAAAACUAGCUAUAAUUUGCGUUUCGGUAGUAAUGAAACUAAAACGAUUAUAGAGUCAGGUUUUAUGGAGGAAAAUAAAAUAGCUUUUAUUAUUUUAAUUUUUUUUUUAGCAUUUGAGGCGAGAUUUUAAAAGAGUGCCGUUGCGUUCCUCAGGUUGAUGACCUAUGGAACGACAGUAAAGAGUGAAGACAAUUUAGUUGGUCUCGUUUUUUUUCUGUAACUCUUGAUUUCUCUCUGUUCAUUCCAUAAUUGUAAAAGCAAACGGUUAGAUGAUGAUGAUGAUGAUCAAUAUGAUUUUCAUUUUUUAAGCUCAUCUGGUGUUUUUUGUUUGUUUUUUGUUUGUUUUUUGUUUUUUUAAGGCCCCAACAGAGAAAAAAAAAAAACACUGUUUUUGGUCCUUUUGUUCAAUUUCAAACAAAGUAUUUUGUCUUAUGUGAUUUCUGUUGCUGUUUGCUCUUACAGAUGUUACAUAUGUUAAUGACAGUCCCAUUUUCUGCAAAUGGUGUGACACGGGUGCGAUUCACGAGAUGAAUCCGGUUUCUGCAACAGAAGGAAAAAAAGUAAAAAAAAAAAAAAAAAAGAAAAGAAAAGACCCGAGUUGAAAUGGACUGGAAAUCAAUGUUACUGUGAUGUGUUCGGACUCAAACGUAACUACCUCAGACGUAUCCUCAACUGUGUUUAUGUGGGUAUCUCACUGGAGUAAGAUGGUUUAAAUCUUUGUCUCUCAGUUGGCCUUUUGCUCUUUUUCACAUUUCAGAUCUUUUUUCACAUUUUCGGCGAGAGAGAAAAAAAAAAGGCUGAAUUCGUUUAAUGUACGUGGAAACAAAUUCAUGGAUGACAGAGAAAAUAAAGUAUCUUCAAUACA